AUGCGUUUCUGGGAUGCCCCACAAUAUUUAUUUAACUAUACAUUUAACGAGGUUUCCGGCGUAUUUUAUGAGCGGUAUCCAAACUCGUAUGCCAAACAUAUUAUUAGCGAAGAUGUGUUGGAUAGAGAGAUCACGAAAGACCAGAUUAUUACGAGGAAAUUGAUCGUCAAAAAGGGUAAGGGUUUAUUUUGGUUUUUUGAUGUUUAGGUUUGACUAAAACAACGUAUAUCGUUAAUAUUUCUUACUUUUAUUCGAAAUACUUUUUAGAAAAGCUUUUUCCGACUAUUUCUAAGCUUUUGGCCAAGUUUUCCGCUAAAAUUUAACUUUAAUCACCUUGUAAUAAGCGAAAUGCAUUUAGGUAACAGCUUCCUGAAUGCCGUCCCUAAAUGGAUGAGCAAAUUGGCUUCGGUGAAGACGAUUCCAACCAUUGAAGAGAGUGUCUUUGAUUUAAAAACAAGAAUGUUAACGACCUAUACCAGAAAUGUGGCAGCUAGGGAUAUUUUAAUAUUGGACGAGAAAUGUUAUUAUCGACCUCAUGUAAGUUUUUUCGUUAUUUUGUCUUGAUUUUAGGGUCUGAGGGAUGGCUUGUGUGUUUGUAACUUGAGUUAGAGUCUUGCAAAGGUAUUUAUGAUGUUUUUUAGCUGGUUUGCUUUGAUAUUGGCUUUAAUUUAUACUUUGACCUUAUCUUAGGGAUUGGCCGAAAGGUGUUGAUGAGUUUGAUCUUUUUACAAAUACCUACUAGUUUUAAAUGUAUGAUUUUACAAUGGUAAGUUGAGGAAAGGUCUUACCUAUUUGAGAAUAUGUAUUGAUAGCCGCAUUUGUAAGUCUCUGAUUUAAAAUUAGCUUAUACCUUAUAUUAGGUUUAUUAAAAGCUAUUUUGAUGUUUUUGCAGUCAUAGACUAAUGUUAAUUAGAUGUAGGUAUACUUUUUACUGCUUAUAAAUAGAAAUUUUGCCUUAGAAGCUUUUAUUACUUAUAAUUAACUCAAAUUUACAUCUAUAUUUCUUUAGGAUCAGCACAAAACCGAGCUUCAGCGUGCAGUAGCCUGUAAUGUGAACUACGGCCGAUUCUCCGGCCUUAUUGAGAAGGUAAUCGUGAUGACUUUCCGCAAAUCGAUAAAGAAGACUAUGGCCGGAUUCAACGAAAAGCUGGAGGAACGAUUUGGCCGACAUACCAACCAAAGGAAUCUUGGGUUGGCAAAUUUUCGUUCACCACCGAUUAAGCUGGAAAAAGUGUGA